GUUUUUACACUAGCAGAGGAGUCCAAAGUACAUUUAUUUUUAUUUGGUUUCAUUUGAAGCGUUUUGAUAUCCUUUAGUUGUAUAUCUGCCAUAGUUCAUAGAGUAUUUUGUGCCCGUCUGAAAUAAGCAUGGCGAGUCUGAGGCUCUUUGGUGCUUUAUCAAAAAAUGCAAACCCCAAUUUAAGAUGUUGGCAAACAGUGUCCAAAAGGCAUUUGGCUGCAGCUGCAACAACAAGGAAGCACAUAGAUUUAAAAGUGGUUGAUAAUGUAGGUGUAAUUGGCUUCGAUACCCCUGGAGCUAAGGUCAAUUCUCUUAGCCAGGAAGUUAUGAAUGAAGUUGUUCAAGUUCUGUCAGAAGUCGAAGCAAAUCCUCAAAUCCAGUCAUGUGUACUGAUCUCCAAAAAACCAAACUGUUUUAUUGCCGGAGCUGACAUUAAUAUGAUCGCAAACUGUAAAACAGCAGAUGAAGUAACCAAAAUCUCCAAAGACGGACACAAAAUAUUUUUUGCAAUAGAGAACAGCAAAAAACCUUUUGUAGCCGCUAUUCAGGGUUCUUGUUUGGGAGGAGGACUGGAAACUGCGUUGGCGUGUCACUAUCGAAUUGCCGUAAAAGAUAAAAAAACUGGACUUGGCUGCCCUGAGGUUAUGUUGGGGCUUUUACCAGGUGGAGGUGGCACACAGCGCCUCCCAAAACUAGCGGGAGUGCCCAAUUCUCUAGACUUAUGUUUAACUGGAAAAACUUUGAAAGCGGACAAGGCUAAAACAUUCGGCAUAGUCGAUUUGCUAGUCGAUCCUUUGGGUCCCGGGUUGGAUACACCGGAAAAUUGUACUAGAAAAUAUUUAGAGACUAUUGCCAUCGAUGUCGCGAAGCAGAUAGCUUCCGGAAAAUUAAGUACUGAAAAGAAGAAGGGAUUGACGGAGAAAGUGUUAAAUUUGGCCCUCCAGUAUGAUUUUGUAAAAGAUCAAAUAUUUAAAAAAGCCAAAGCUCAAGUGAUGAAGAUGUCGGGAGGAUUAUAUCCAGCUCCAUUGAAAAUAUUAGAUGUUAUCCGUACUGGAAUAGAUAAGGGGCAAGAGGCUGGCUAUGAAGCUGAAGCUAAGGGCUUUGGCGAACUGGCUAUGACUCCUCAAUCCAAAGGUCUCAUAAGUCUUUUCCAAGGUCAAACUCAGUGCAAAAAAAAUCGCUUUGGAAAACCAUCGAAGGAAUUUAAAACUGUGGCUGUGCUUGGAGCUGGUUUGAUGGGCGCUGGUAUUGCUCAUGUGACGGUAGAUAAAGGGUAUGAUGUUAUUUUGAAAGAUACCAAUUCCAAUGGGUUAGCGAGAGGAGUGAAUCAAAUUAGCACCGGAAUUAAUAAUGCUGUUAAACGAAAGAGAAUAUCCAGCCUGGACAAGGACAGAUAUUUAGCAAAUCUCAAUGCCACUCUGAAUUAUGAUUCGUUCAAAAAUGCUGAUGUUGUUAUUGAAGCUGUAUUUGAAGAUUUAAGUAUCAAGCACAAAGUGCUGAAGGAGGUCGAGGCCGUAGUCCGCCCAGAAUGCGUUUUUGCUACCAACACGAGUGCUAUUCCCAUUAGGAAUAUUGCUGCUGCCUCAUCUCGGCCGGAUAAAGUAAUUGGAAUGCACUACUUUUCGCCAGUGGACAAAAUGCAGCUUCUGGAGAUUAUUACGACUGAUAAGACCAGCAAAGAAACCACUGCCUUAGCUGUCGAUGUUGGACUGAAGCAAGGAAAAGUCGUCAUCACUGUUGGAGAUGGCCCGGGUUUUUAUACUACGCGAAUUUUAAGUGCGAUGAUGGCUGAGUCUAUUAGACUGUUACAAGAAGGCGUCGAUCCUAAAGACUUAGAUUCACUGACUAAGAAAUUCGGGUUUCCUGUGGGAGCAGCCACAUUGGCUGAUGAAGUUGGACUAGAUGUUGCUAGUCACAUUGGGCCCGAUCUCCUCAAGGCAUUUGGGGAACGUUUUGCUGGGGGUGAUCAGAACAUCUUGAGUGAAGUUGUAAAGGCAGGAUUCUUGGGGCGCAAAUCGGGUAAAGGUAUAUUCGUGUAUGAAAAGGGAUCAAAACAUCGAGAGGUUAAUCUAGAAACUGUUAACAUACUGAAGAAAUACAGUUUGGAACCCAGAGGACCAUUUGAAGAUGAAGAUAAAACCUUGCGUAUGGCAGCUCGCUUUGUAAAUGAAGCUGUUCUUUGCCUAGAAGAGAAAAUAUUAGCCAGUCCGUUGGAAGGCGACAUUGGUGCAGUGUUUGGUUUGGGUUUCCCCCCAUUUACUGGCGGUCCAUUCCGUUGGGUUGACCAAUACGGUGCUGGAAAGUUGGUUGCCAAAAUGGAGGCAUACCAGAGUGCUUACGGUCUGCCCUUUAAACCUGCUCAAAGUUUGGUUGAUAUGGCCAAGGACCCGAGCAAAAAGUUCUAUACAUCUUAAUUUUGUUAGAAAAUUUGAAAAUACGUUUUAUACAGCUCAUUUUUUAAAGUGUUUAUCUAUAUAUUACUUUUGUUAAGUGGAUAAAACAUUCAUUCAUUUACUAUUAAUUAAAUUUAUUUUGAUUUU